AUGUAUAGUUCCUUUCCAGACAUCUCGGUUGACGCUACGCUUGACACGGCGCCUAGCGACUUCCUGCCGGAAUCGGAUGUUCUGACGGCCUACUUUGAAGCAACUGGGACUCAGCAAGAAUUUUCUAUAAGAAACAAAGAUAAAUUCAGAAGGGCAAAGGCGUUCACCCUCGUCAAAGCGACGUUAGCGGGUGUUGCCCUCUUUGCCUUGACUGCUGCUGUGGUAUGCCUGCCAUUCCAGUGCUUCAGGGCACUGACCUCGGACAAAGCUCCAGACAAGCUCGCAAUCAGCUCACAGAGGCAUCCCGAGAAAGGAGAAGCACACUGGCUCGUACGUUCCCUUUCGUUCGUCCAUUUAUCGCAGCAUCGCCGAACCUUCGGCCGGAUCGGCAGGGCGUUUGAUGAUAUACGUUACGGCAUCUGUUCUAUUUUCCUCGGGACCCAGGUGCGUAGGGCUGCACAAAAGGAUACAAAGGCUCUAUAA